UUCUUGAGUACGUAGUUUCUUUUACAGUUAUGGCAGAAAAGAAACCAGGACGGUCUGUACACAGUCGACUGAGUGGUCUUGAUAUUAAACUCUCUAAAAGCCUUUCCUACAUUUUGAGACAUGGAGCGGAAAAAGAGGGUAUUCGACUUGACGAAGGUGGGUUUGCAUUCGUAGACGAUAUUUUGGCUCGACCACAUCUUAAACGAUUUACAUUCACUGAUGUGGAAAGAGUUGUUGCUGACAAUGAUAAACAGAGAUUCUCUCUGAUUAUCGACAAGGACACGGGCAGAUCUAAAAUCAGAGCAAAUCAAGGUCACACACUGGAGAUACCAGACCUUGAGCUCAUUCCUCUUACAAAGCCCAAAGAAGUUCCAAUUGCAGUACAUGGCACAUAUCUGAGAUCUUGGGAAAUGAUUAGGGUACAGGGACUAUCUCGAAUGAAGCGUAACCACAUCCAUCUAGCUCCAGGAGAGCCAGGCGAGUCUGGUGUUAUUAGCGGCAUGCGGAGCAGUUGUGAGGUUCUUAUUGGUAUCGAUACAGCAAAAGCUCUAGAAGCUGGAAUCAAAUUCUUCAAGUCAGCAAACAAUGUAAUUUUGUCUCCUGGCAAUGAAAAAGGUCUCAUUCCACCAGAAUUCUUCAGAACAGCUGUCAGACUAAAAGGGCAAACUAGAGAACAGUUGGAGUUCUAGUUGCUACAUGCAAGUCUAUCAGCUGCCACUCUUGUCAACAAUAUUAAUGACAAAUUAAUAAUAACAUAAUAAUACAAUAGUUUGGGCUGUUAUCACUGCGAACAAUCAAUUCUGAGAACAAAUUUCCACAGUUCUACCUACCUACAUAUACUUGCCCGGUAUAAAAUUCCUGGCCGAGAUGUGAUUACUUUAGCUUAUAGUUGGUUCAUCAAGCAUCAUUAUAUUAUAAAUAACCUUCAUCAACAA